AAAAAGGGCAGAGACUACAGCCACUGCAGCAGGGAAAGGUGGCAGCCCGAUGUGGCUGAGGGGCGCCCGCCGCCAACAGGGAGGCAGACGGCCAGCGAGCCAAGCGCUGGGGACACCGCUGCAGUGCUCUUUGCCUGCCUCGCCUCACUCCUACACACGCUCCUCAUCUAGGGAUCCUACCCUCCCCGCUCUUGCAAACACUCACACAGUCAAUCGCCUGUUGACCCUCCUUCGCCACAGGCUCACAGCAGAGGCAGCAGAGAGGUGUCCGAUUUGGGCACCCGAGGCCCGCGAUCCGCAGCGGUGGGCGCCAGGCAGGGCAUGAAGACCCCCAACGCACAGGAAGCCGAAGGGCAACAAACCAGGGCAGCUGCAGGACGGGCCACUGGGUCUGCAAACAUAACAAAGAAAAAAGUCUCCCAAAAGAAGCAGAGACGCAGACCUUUAUCCCAGCCCCGCAGGAACAUCGUGGGAUGCAGAAUUUCUCAAGGAUGGAAAGGAGAUGAGCCCAUCACCCAGUGGAAAGGAACCGUUCUGGAUCAGCUUCUAGAUGAUUAUAAGGAAGGUGACCUCCGUAUCAUGCCAGAAUCCAGUGAGUUUCCUCCAACAGAGAGAAAGCCAGGAGGAGUUGUAGAUGGCCUAAUAGGUAAGCAUAUGGAAUAUACCAAAGAAGAUGGCUCCAAAAGGAUUGGCAUGGUCAUUCACCAAGUGGAAGCCAAACCCUCUGUGUAUUUCAUCAAGUUUGAUGAUGAUUUCCAUAUCUAUGUCUAUGAUUUGGUGAAAAAGUCCUAACUGUUAGGGUAAAAUUUGGCUCAUGUGUGGAAAUAAAUGUAUAAUUUGUAGACAUGCAAAAAAAUGUUACCUUUCAGUGUACUGAAAGCCUAUGGAAUCCCUGAUAACCCAACAUCUUUGCCAGCAUUAACUGUUGUUUUGUUCUAAAAAAUACAAAUUUGUGUGUACGUGA